CGCUGCGAGGCUGGGGCGCAGAGACCCGACCGCAGCGCAGCUGCCAGACCCCGCGCCAGGUACCCCUGAGCCCGAUCGCAGGGUUCAGGUUUGCCCAUCUCUGGGCGGCAGGGCAAGGUGGGCGUCCUAUGAAACUGGCCGUGGGCGGAACCCCCUACGACAGCGCCCCUCCCCCAGCCAUGGACAACUCCAGCAUACAGGAACUCCAGCAACCCUUGCUGCCAUGCACAGCCUGGGACCUCCUGUCCCCCAAGACUGACAAAGUAGAGCUGGGACCCCCUUUCCCAGAAACAGUCUUUGUGGAGUCCCUGAGAGGCCGGCAGUUCCUUCUCCCACCUCUUUCUUCCGUGAGCGCUGGCCUGGGGGAGCCGGAGACCCCUGACCUUGAGGACACAUCAUCCAGCGACAGUGACUCAGAUUAUGGAGGUGGCCGCCUCUCACCUCUUCUGCCCCAUGACCACCUUGGCCUGGCAGUCUUCUCUGUCCUGUGUUGUUUUUGGCCUGUGGGCAUUGCUGCCUUCUGUCUGGCCCACAAGACCAACAAGGCUUGGGCCGAGGGGGACAUCCAAGGGGCAGGGGCCACUUCCCGCCGUGCCUUCCUGCUGGGGGUCCUUGCUAUGGGGCUGGGCCUGUGCACAUAUGCUGCUGCUCUGGUGACCUUGGCUGCCUACCUUGCCUCCCGAGACCCGCCCUAG